CCUAUUUAUCUCCUUCUAUCCUCUUCUUCUUCUUCCCCCCAUUUCACUCUUCUCUCUUCCUCACACUUACUUUCAAGUUUCAACUUCCAACUUCUAACUUUACUACACUACACUCAUAACACAACUUCAAUUAACCCUCUCUCUCUUUUUUCCUUCAAUAACAACUCUUUAAACUCACCGUUUUCAUUAAUAACAACUUCAUUUUUCUUUCUAUGACUUCAUCGGAGAAUUUUGCCAGCAUUGAACCGUGGAUGUUUCGCUCCGCCAUGGGUGACACGUGGCUCGCUGACUACAUAGCUCGCGACGCAGAAACCCUCACUAAGGCUCUUCAGAAAUCCUUCUCCGCCACACCGGAGGACGCACGCUCUCCAUUUUUAAACCUCGUAAAUACCGACUCCGCCACCACCACCAUCACCGCAACUCCUACGCCAACAGUUUCCAGCCUCUCCGGCUCCGACCAGGAUUCCGCUCCCAAGAGACAACGCGUUGCCGCCGGGAAGAUCCCGAGACGGAAGUCGCGUGCUUCGAAGCGGUCGCAGACGACGUUUAUCACGGCGGACCCGGCGAAUUUCAGGCAGAUGGUGCAACAGGUUACUGGCGUGAGAUUCGGUGCCGGAUCAAACGUGUCAAUGGCGCCGGUGAUGAAGCCGGAGCCGCAUAGGGCGGUGGGAUUUACCGGCGGGAGGUUACCGUCGGCGGGUGCAGGGUAUUUGCCGACUCUUGAUACGUCAGCGUUUUUACUGGACCAGCAUGGCCAACACCAGCAGCAAACAAUGGUGGGCUCCAAUUCGGCGGCGAAUGAUGGGCCUGGUGAAAUUUCUGGUCUGGGCCAACUUUCUUUUGGUCAGCCCAUUGAUGACGAUGCCGGUUUUGGUUCUGCCGGUUUAGAUUUUGAAACUUUCUCAAGCUGCUUUCCCACUCUGGAAUCGUCGUGGAAAGUCAUGUGAGAAUUGAAAUGACGAGAUUCUCCCUCAAUUUUUCCUUUUCACUUUUCCCUUUUUGCCACUCGUGGGUUCGAGAUUGGAUAUGGGGCAGUAGCUAGAAUAUGAUUGUAAAUUUGGGAAAAGAAAAGGGAAUGGAUCUGGAAUAUGGAUGUAGAAUUUCCUUUUUCUUUUUUAUUUUUCUGUGUAAUUUAUGUUACAUAGUUCCUUUAUUAUUAUUAUUAAGUAUAAACAAUGUUGUAUUUUUGUUUAGUUUAGUUAACCUAAUUAAUGCAAUCCCAAGUUUAUCUCCUA